AUGGACAGCUCCCCCACUUUCUUGGCUAUAACGGAUGAAUUUUCAAUUAUCUCUAGGGAUAAAGGACAGGUUGCUGAUGAGCCUGUGAGCAGCUCGUGCAGCACUCUGGCUAGAACGGGAGGUUUGGGGGGAACUCCAGAUAUUUUUGGUUCACUGUGUCGAAAAGAGAAGCUGGAUGGUGGCUCCGACGCAACCUUCCCCCGCAGCUCCUCGGGGACAGUACCCGGAGGGGUUCGGACACAGCUCGGCUGGAAGGUGCCGCCGGGGCCGCCGCUGCUCCGGGCCCCCCUCCUCCUUCUCCUUCUUCUCCUCCUCUUCCUCCUCCUGCACUUCCUCGGCGCCCCGGCCCGCGGAGCCGUCUACACCAACCAUUUCUUGGUGGAGCUGCACGACGGGGGCCAGGCGGAGGCCGAGCAGGUAGCGGCGGAGCACGGUUUCAGCGGGAUACGGAAGCUCCCUUUUUUAGAAUCUGGAUACUUUUUUUAUCACAAUGGCCUUGCUAAAGCCAGGAGAAGACGCAGCCUUCAACACAAGCUUCGUCUGGAAAAGGACUCCAGGGUGAGGAAAGCUGUGCAACAGGAGGGCUUCAUCAGAAAGAAGCGAGGAUAUAGAGACAUCAAUGACAUUGACAUCAGCAUGAAUGAUCCUUUAUUUACGAAGCAGUGGUACCUGAUUAACACUGGUCAAGCAGAUGGGACUCCUGGACUUGACCUUAAUGUAGCUGAAGCAUGGGAGCUGGGAUACACGGGGAAGGGAGUAACCAUAGGAAUUAUGGAUGAUGGCAUUGAUUAUCUGCAUCCAGAUCUUGCAUCAAACUACAAUGCCAAAGCCAGCUACGACUUCAGCAGCAAUGAUCCCUACCCCUAUCCCCGCUAUACAGAUGACUGGUUUAACAGCCACGGGACAAGGUGUGCAGGAGAGGUGUCUGCUGCUGCCAACAACAACAUCUGCGGCGUGGGAGUUGCGUACAACUCCAAAGUGGCAGGUAUUCGAAUGCUCGACCAGCCAUUUAUGACAGACAUUAUUGAGGCUUCCUCCAUCAGUCAUAUGCCUCAAGUCAUAGAUAUAUAUAGUGCCAGCUGGGGACCAACUGAUAAUGGGAAGACUGUGGAUGGACCUAGAGAGUUAACGCUGCAAGCAAUGGCAGAUGGUGUGAAUAAGGGCCGGGGUGGAAAAGGCAGCAUCUAUGUCUGGGCCUCUGGAGAUGGAGGCAGCUAUGAUGACUGUAACUGUGAUGGUUAUGCAUCAAGCAUGUGGACAAUCUCCAUCAAUUCUGCCAUAAAUGAUGGACGGACAGCUCUGUAUGAUGAAAGCUGCUCUUCAACCUUAGCCUCCACCUUUAGUAAUGGGAGGAAGAGAAAUCCGGAGGCUGGUGUGGCUACAACAGAUUUGUAUGGCAAUUGCACCCUGCGUCAUUCAGGCACAUCUGCAGCUGCCCCUGAAGCAGCCGGAGUGUUCGCCCUGGCCCUGGAGGCUAACCUGCAUCUGACAUGGAGAGACAUGCAGCAUCUGACAGUGCUCACGUCCAAGAGGAACCAGCUUCAUGAUGAGGUUCAUAGGUGGCGUAGGAAUGGUGUUGGGCUGGAGUUCAACCAUUUGUUUGGCUAUGGUGUCCUAGAUGCAGGAGCAAUGGUUAAGAUGGCAAAAGACUGGAAGACUGUUCCUGAGAGAUUCCAUUGUGUUGGAGGGUCAAUACAGGAACCUGAAAAGAUACCACCAAGUGGCAAACUGUUCCUCACACUGACAACUGAUGCGUGUGAGGGGAAGGAAAACUUUGUCCGAUACCUUGAACAUGUCCAGGCAGUUAUAACUGUGAAUUCCACUCGGCGAGGAGACCUCAACAUCAACAUGACCUCACCAAUGGGAACAAAAUCCAUUUUGCUGAGCCAGCGCCCCAGGGAUGAUGACUCCAAGGUGGGUUUUGACAAAUGGCCUUUCAUGACAACUCACACUUGGGGAGAAGACCCCCGAGGCACCUGGGCUCUGGAGAUUGGGUUUGUCGGCAGCCAGCCCCAGCGAGGUGUGCUGAAGGAGUGGACACUGAUGCUGCACGGGACUCAGAGUGCACCAUACAUAGACCAAAUUGUAAAAGAUUAUCAGUCCAAACUGGCCAUGUCCAAGAAGGAAGAGCUGGAAGAAGAAUUAGAUGAAGCAGUGGAGAGAAGCCUGAAGAGUAUACUGAGCAAGAACUAGUGCUGUAUUGCAUGAUGGUGUCUUUCCUUCCCCAGACCCCUCUACUCACCAAACCUCUGUGUUAGACGUAUUACAAUGAUUGUCUCUGUAGACAAAUUAUCACCCCUCCUUGAUUUUGAAGUCUUAUAUCUCAUCAAUAAUUAUUUUAAUUGCCACUGAAGCAAUCCAUUUUUAUCUCUAAACCACAAAAUAUACUCCCACCAAAUACAAUGUACAGUUUGUGACUGUAAAUGAUGAAUUUUCUUUUGUGUCAUAUAAAUAAGUAAUAACCUGCAAAGAAGUUAAUGGCUUUUCCCUUCAUAUUUCUGUAGUAAAUGUUUGUAUUUAAAAAAAGAGUGAUUUUUAAAACUGGGAGUUGGUGAUAAUGAGCACAUUUUAAAAAACGACUGAGAGAGGGAAUCACAAAGAGGUUUUCAAGAGAGGUCUUUGAACGUGCUCCUUCUGCAUCACUGACUUCAGUGGGAUUUUUUCCAUUGGUUUCAACAAAAGUAGCACUAGACGCCACAAAAAGAAAUAAUCCAGAGAUAAGGAAAAUUCAUCAGUCUGAUUUGCAGAAAUCCAAUUAUUUUGAGAGUUUUAUUUCAUACUACAGUUAUACUACAUACAAACUUCAGCUGCAGGAUGGAUCAGCAGAUAUACAAUAAGGAAGGCAAAGUGAUGCUAAAGAUGAGUGGCAGGGGGAAGUGAUUUACAAACCAGGUCAGGGCCUUCUAGAAGCACAAGUCCCAGUUUUGCUAGAGUUUUUUUUAGUUUGGUUGUUUUGGGGGUUCUUUUCCUGUGUUGUUUUUUUGUUGGUGGUUUUUUUUGGGGGUAGUGGGGUUUGGGUUUCAUUUGUUUGGGGUUUUUUUUUGAGUUGCAAUUUGGCAAUUUAAAUCAAUUUACCAUCUUACAGCAGAACAAGUACAUAGGGAUGAGCUGUAGGAUUUCUGGCAGCUUGUGUGCAUCUGCUGGUCCCUCUACUGAGAUAUUCUCCAGCACUGUAAAAUGAGGCUGUGUCAGCAUUACCAACCACAGACACCUGUUUUCAGGGGUUUACAACCCAGCUGCCAGUAAACUGCUGUGGGGAAAAUUUGAAGCACACAGUUUCAGUCCCAAAGCAAUUUUAAAUUUAAUUUCUUUUUUUAAAAGCUAUAUAUUUGUUGGUGUUAUGUUAUACAAAUAUAUUUAAGGAGAAAAAUAUGCUGAAGUUAUUAAAGUGUAAUGCAAAGUUGGCCUUCUUGAGAAAUAAAAUGUAGUAUAUUUGGUAAGAUUUGUUGGCAGUCACUGUUCUUGGCUGUUUAAAGUCAGUCCCACCUUGACUUUUUGGACAUGAGUUAAAGUCCCUCUCUUUCACCCUCAGAGUAUGCUCUGGUUAUUGCUGCAAAAUGUAACAUUCUCCCUGGUGGGAAUUACUGAUGGAAGCAACCACUGCAUGUUCUCAGGUGUGAGAUCCCAAAUUUAACCUUUGAGAAAUAAAAAGUCUUGAUUCUGCGAAUAUUUAGGCACUUGCACUAAAGCCCAUCAGUGGACCUACUAAUACCUAAAGCAAGUAUUUCAGAUCUUUGCAGGAUCCGGGAUCUACAUUUUAGCAGUGACUAGUUUCAGAAUUUUAUUAUGUAUUUUUAAUAUGCAGAGCAUUAAUCUAAGAUGUUUUAAUAAGAAUUGUCCUGGUUGAUCUGGUGCAUAGUAGUAGAAUCAUAUUCACUAAGUAAAUAUUUAUCUAAAAAAUUAAAAACAUAACCCAAAGGUUCUAUGGUGGACCUGUUUCACUUGAGAAUGUAUAAGAAUAAUGUUAAUUCAAGAGACUAUCCAUCUUUCAUUUUUCCAUGAGACGCCUGUUCUUUCCUUUUCCAAAUCAAAAAGACUGUGUGAAUUACACUCUAAAGCCAAGCCAAGCAGCCUCACACUGCUCACAGGUUUCUCAUUGCUUGCAGCAGUCCCAUCAGAAAAUCUUACCACAUAUAUAUAUUUAUGCAUACACCUGUAUAACUAAAUGCAUACACACCUAUGGUAUC